AUGAGCAAUGGUAAUUACGAUGAUAUAUUAAGGGAAAUCCCGCUUAUAAUUUCUCCUUUCUAUAAUCCUCCAAGACUAGUCAAAUUACCACCAACCUACAAAUCCUUACCAUCACAGUUGCCAGCCCCACUCUACUACUCGAACUAUCAUAAUAAUGGUACACUGGAUAUAGAGGAACUAAAAAAACACUCUACGACAAAUGAUAUACAAUCUUGGAAAGACGAACUUUUGAGAACUAAGGAAAAUAUCCAACAGUUCCAUAAGGACGAUAAAGAAAAAUAUCAAAGCUGGUUAGAUGAAAACAUCAAGCAUUAUGCUCCAGGAUACUUGGAUACGAAUGGUGGAAUUCUUCAACCUAAACACACAAAAAGUAAAAAUCCGGGCACUAAUUCUGAUUCGGUUUCUACGUCUUCUUCCCUGUUGAAUCAGCUCAGUGACAUCUUCCAGAGCACACCUUCGUCUUGA